UCUCUACUGGAGUGUUUUACCCGGGCUGCUGUUAAUGAAACAUUUUUAUUUGUUCAUUCAACUUUCUGGAUUUAAUUAACUCGAUUUAAAUCACUGUAUGAUGUCGGUCACUUUGCACACAGACCUGGGAGAUGUUAAAAUUGAACUGUUUUGUGAACGCUCCCCCAAAAGUACUGAGAACUUUCUUGCCUUAUGUGCCAGCGGUUUCUACAAUGGGUGCAUAUUUCAUCGAAACAUAAAAGGGUUUAUGGUUCAGACUGGAGACCCCACAGGCACUGGGAAAGGAGGCACUAGUAUUUGGGGACGAAAGUUUGAGGAUGAAUUUAGUGAACAUCUAAAACACAAUGUCAGGGGGGUGGUAGCUAUGGCCAAUAAUGGACCAAACACUAAUGCAUCACAGUUCUACUUCACCUAUGCCAAACAGCCUCAUCUGGACAUGAAAUACACUGUUUUUGGAAAAAUAAUAGACGGCUUUGAAACCCUGGAUGAACUGGAGAAACUCCCCGUCAAUGAGAAGAAUUUUCGUCCCUUAAACGACAUCCACAUUAAGGAUGUGACGAUUCAUGCGAACCCGUUUGCAGGUUGAGGAUUUUUAUGAAUCGUUAUGAUGUGAGUUUUGAUAAAGUCUGAUAUUUGUACAGAUGUUUGCUUUUUUUUUUACAUUCUAAUAAAAUGUGUAUUUUACAUGCGCUGUAUUCGGUUCAUCUUAUGUUGGUAAACAUGAUUUGUAAUGUGUUUUGUAUAGAAGAGUAAA